CGUCAGAAGGACUAACAAAUGCCACCCUUCCUCACAUAGCCUACACACACAAAAAAACAAAAAAAAACACACGCGAUAAAUAAGGCCGGGAGUAGUGCAUCCGUGACAGAGAAAAAAACCUCUGUGCUCACUCAUCUAAGUCGACGUAUCUGAUGAAGUUACAAAGACUUCCUCAUUACCCUUACAUUGCACAAGAGCAUAAAGUUUCUGUUUUACAAAAACGAUAUUCUGAAGAUGCCGAUUUCAAGCAGCUCUUCGUCUUCAACGAAGAGUAUCCGCAGGGCAGCAUCGGAGCUCGAGAGGUCUGAUUCUGUUACGUCUCCCAGAUUCAUAGGGAGACGACAGAGUUUGAUCGAGGAUGCGCGAAAAGAACGCGAGGCAGCGGCGGCCGCUGCAGAAGCGGCUGAAGCGAGUGAGCAGAUCGUGUUUGAGGAAGAGGAUGGAAAAGCUUUGCUCAAUCUCUUCUUCACCCUAAGGAGUUCCAAGACCCCAGCGUUGUCGCGCUCUCUCAAGGUGUUCGAGACUUUUGAAGCUAAAAUCCACCACCUGGAAACACGGCCAUGCCGGAAGCAUGGGGAUAGCCUGGAAGGACUGGAGUACUUUAUCCGGUGUGAGGUGCAUCUAUCUGAUGUCAACACACUCAUUAGUUCCAUCAGGAGGAUCGCAGAGGAUGUCAAAACAACCAAAGAAGUCAAAUUUCACUGGUUCCCAAAGAAACUCUCAGAGCUGGACAGAUGUCACCACCUUAUAACAAAGUUUGAUCCAGACUUAGACCAAGAACACCCAGGUUUCACAGAUCCAGUGUAUAGGCUGAGAAGGAAAAUGAUUGGAGACAUUGCCUUCAGAUAUAAACAAGGAGAGCCCAUCCCCAGAGUCGAAUACACAGAGGAGGAAAUAGGCACAUGGAGAGAGGUAUACUCCACCCUGAGAGAACUGUACACCACCCAUGCCUGCAGUGAGCACCUGGAAGCCUUCCGCUUGCUGGAGAGACAUUGUGGGUACAGCCCUGACAACAUCCCUCAGCUGGAGGAUGUGUCACGGUUCCUCAGAGAGCGCACCGGGUUCCAGUUGCGUCCGGUGGCAGGCCUUCUCUCUGCUAGGGACUUUUUAGCCAGUCUGGCCUUCCGGGUUUUCCAGUGUACCCAGUACAUUCGGCAUGCCUCUUCGCCCAUGCACUCUCCUGAACCGGAUUGUGUGCACGAACUUCUGGGUCAUGUCCCUAUUCUCGCUGACCGGACGUUCGCCCAGUUUUCUCAGAACAUUGGGCUUGCUUCACUGGGGGCUUCAGAAGAGGAUAUUGAGAAACUGUCAACGCUCUACUGGUUUACAGUGGAGUUUGGCCUGUGCAAACAGGGUGGCACAGUGAAAGCCUAUGGGGCAGGACUGCUCUCCUCAUACGGGGAACUGGUGCAUGCUCUGUCGGAUGAGCCAGAGAGAAGGGAGUUUGACCCUGAGGCUGCUGCCAUUCAGCCCUACCAAGACCAGAACUACCAAUCUGUGUACUUUGUCUCAGAGAGCUUCAGCGAUGCCAAAGAGAAACUCAGAUCAUACGUGGCUGGGAUCAAGCGGCCGUUUUCUGUGCGGUUUGACCCCUAUACCUACAGUAUAGAGGUCCUGGACAAUCCCUUGAAGAUCCGAGGAGGCCUGGAAUCUGUCAAGGAUGAGCUGAAGAUGCUCACAGACGCGCUCAAUGUGCUCUCCUGAUGACUGACAUUACUGUUACUGCUGUCCGUGCCACUCUGCUACAUGUGAUUUGAGACAUUGUUGUCGUAUGCUCACAUAAAAGUACGCUUUAAGUGGCUGGCUAAGUGAUGACCUUGAGACUAUGUGAUUUUAUGGUUCAUCUGGUGUAUGUCUCUAAGAUCUGUUGUGUAGAUGGGUUUGGUAUUAUCUGGGUUGGUUCUCAUGCUCAGUAAGGCCAGGAUUAAAUUAGACUGCGCUUUAAUAAAACGCUACAUUCGUCAGUUACCUAUGUGAAUUCUUGAAUUAUUAUUGAAUUAUAAGUUGUGAACCGAGUAUUUGGUUGCACUUUGGUCCCCCUACCAGUGAUGUGUAAGGAUUGUGCUUCUUGCGAUGUAAAAGCAGAAUAAAAAUACAGAGCAGUAUCUGAUGUUUAUAUAUAUACACACACACACAUAUUUAUGCUUGCACAUUAAGUAACACCAUUGCACUCUGUAAAGAAAAAAAGUAUCAAUAUCACAAAAAUAAAUCAUGUUAGCAUUA